UUACUCUCCUGUUUUCUGUUGCUUUAUGUUUUUAUGAAAGGCACUUUGUGUUGCCUUGUUGUGGAAACACACUCGCCGGCCUCGCCUUGACUCGCCUCGCCAAUAUUCUGUCUCUACACGCUGUCGCUGCUUAUCUGAUGGCCGACCUCCCGCUCAACACCUCCACUCCUUCGCCUUCGUCGUCCCCGGAGACAGAGUCCUCUGGCAGACGGCUAACUGAGCUGAUUAGCUCACGGCAAUCGGCAGCAGUUCCGACCUGACAUGCGAUAUGCUGCCCCCUGUGUUGUGGAGAAUGAAUUAGAGGUGGAGAGUCUCAGCUCGUACACAUCGGACCUUUAAAGAGGAAACAUCAGCUUUAAAAGCGUCUCCGCUGAAGGACCUGAGCUGCGUGUGUGUUGACUUGUUAAUCACACACAGUAUCUACAGCGCAGUCAUAACCACAGCAGCUGCUCUUCCUCUCCCUCCCUCUCUGAGUCGCUUCAGUCCGAUAUGUGAAAGCUGAGAAGAAGGAAGUCAGAUCAGCAGACUCACACAGACAGACGGACAGGUGAGUGCUGCAGAAACAGAAAGCCAGAAACAUGAGUAACCUUGAAGGAGUGGGAGUGACCCCGCUCUCAAACCAGACCAACCACUGCGGUCAGGUCGACACUUCGGCCCACCUCUUCUUCAUGGUGGCCCACAGUCUGGUGUUUCUGGUGGGUUUGCUCCUCAACGGCUUCACCCUGAGGGUUUACUUCUGCCGAGCUCAGCAGGCGUCCAGCAGCGUGACCGUCUACCUGAAGAACCUGGCCGCCGCCGACUUCCUGCUCAGCCUCUGUCUCCCCAUCCGAAUCGCCAACUACGCCAGCAACUCCGUCCCCGUGCGCCUGGUCUACUGCAACUUUGGCGCAUCCGCCUUCUAUCUCAACAUGUACGCCAGUAUCCUCUUCAUGGGUUACAUCGCCGCUAACAGGUACCUGAAGAUCGUCCAUCCUUUAGGAACUCACAUCCUGCAGACGGUGCGAGUUGCUCGCAUCGUCUCUGUGGUAACCUGGGUUUUCCUCUUGACCAUGAUGAGCACCUACGUCCUGAUGUCGCUUUUCACCCAGGCAGCGUUAACCUCGGUCCCCGAGGCAGUGAGCUGUGACGUCCUGCACAGUAAACAGCUCAGCCUGUUAUACAAAAUCAUCCACUGCUGCUCCGCUGCCAUUUUCCUGCUCGUCCUGGUCUCCCUGGUCUUCUUCUACUACAGCACCUCCCGCAAGCUAUCGCUGGCACAGCAGAGGCAGCCGGCAUCCUCCGGCUCCAAGAAGCUCGCCAAGUCACGGAGGAACAUGUUGGUGCUGGUCAGCGUCUUCUUCGUUUGUUUCGUCCCCUACCACCUGAUUCGCUUACCCUACGCUUUCGUGAAGAAUGGCUGCUCGCUGAGCCAGGCGUUCUUCUACCUGAAGGAGCUGACCCUCAUUGUGUCGGUUCUCAACGUCUGCCUGGACCCGCUAAUCUACUUCAUCUUCUGCAAGGCUUUCCGGGCCCAGAUGAGCCUGAGGAGGGUGUUCAGCCCCACACAGGAGGCAACGCAUGAAGCAAACGCCGAGAGGAGGAGCAGCAGCUUGUGGCUGAGCACCAUCAAAAUCAACAGGAAGACGUCGCUCAGCUCGGCGACAAAGCAGACCAACAUGCUGUAGCUUAAAGCUGACAGACAUAGACACCCAUGACUUAUAUAAACUAUAACACAAUGGGAAAUAUGUGCAAAGACUGACAAGAAAGACCAGCCGACCCGUGGUUGGACUGUUUUUCUCUUUAAGCUACAGAACGUAUGAGGGACCUUUACUCAUUAUUUCUUUGUAAUAGCAGUAAAACUUAACUUAAGUGUCUUCAAGCCAGUGAUGUGAGAAACAUCCACUGAAAGUAUUUUAUGAAACAAAAUAAAGAACUUGGCCUUUGUUACCUGUUGUUGAUAUUAAAAGUGACCAAAAACACAAGAAAAGUUAGAUUUUGUAGUAGCUUUCCCUCGAAAUCCAGUUUUGAAGGGUAUUAAAAUUGUGUCAUCAGUGUACAAAUUAAUUCCAGUACAGAAACAGUAAUGAGUAUCUGUCCCUGAGGAUCACCAGCGAGGUUAAACUACUGGAGUUUAAGAAAAACAACCUGAACACCUAUGAGCCUGGACGCUGGAGCUACGCUGCCUCAUGUUUUUGCAUUGCAAACCAGGACAUUUUGGCCGUACGUACGUCACUGAAAAGGAAACAGGCUACAGCGAAGCUGUUUGGUAGACAGGUGCUGUCUUGAGACAGACAACAGUGGCAGUGGAAGAAGUGUUGCCAAUACUGAUAUUGAUUUAUAAUUAAUUAAACAUGCCAUUAAAUUAUUUUAAUUAUUAAUUAUUAUUUAAUUAGUAGACUUUUGUACAUAUUUGUGAAUCUAAUAUGAAAAUACAGGGAAGACAUGUUGUUUUAUUACUGUUGUGUAACCCACAUAUACCCACAGGAUCUUUAUCCAUUUCAUAUACAUGCACAAUAAGUUAACUGGUACAAGUUGUGGUAAAGCUUCAACACAUGUUUAUGUUCAGCAGCACUGCUCGGAGGUCAGAGUGAAAGCUCGGUAACAUCCAGUUAGUAAACGUGAGAAAGAGUUUUGAAGAAGACAUUAGAUGCAAGAAUGCCUGCAUGUUUGAACUGGUGCAAUGUGUCUUCAUUGCUUAAUAAAGACACGAAAGUGACGCCAUAGACAACAGCCUUCAAUGAGCACAACACCAAACUGGUUGCGGCUGAGUCGUUCAAAGAUGUGGUCAUUAUUCCUGUACUGACAGUGAAUGUGAUAAAUUAUAAAUACCUGCAGAGGUUCUGCAUGAGAACAUUAUUAGGCCCAUAUGUGUGCAAUACACAAAAUAAACAUUUAAGCUA